GGCCGUAGCACAUCCACAUGGGCAUCAUCGCAAUAAUAAAAGGAGGGAACGGCCCGCGAGCAGGUGCCGGAGCGCAGCGGACUGGCCGAUGGACCACCUUACAUCAUGAUCGCGACCGUUGUCCUCCUGGCCCUCCCGCUCGUGGCCACCUACUUGGUUGCGACCAUCUGGCACCGCCGGUUUAGGCAGUAUGCCGGGAUUCCUCAGCUCAAGCCCUCCUUUCUCUGGGGCCACUUGCGGGCCAUCCACGAGCUCACCACCUUGCAGAGCCGGCCAGGGCUCCACCCUGACCAUGUAUUCGCCGAGAUGGCCAGACAGCUCGGCCAUCCGCCGCUCAUGCUGCUCGACCUUCGUCCCGUCAGGCCCCCCAUGAUCAUCGUCACCAGCCACGAAGUGGCCGAGCAGAUCACGCGCGUUUCCAAGCUGUUUCCUUGGAGUACGCCAAAGUCCCCGACGAUGAGCAGUCUGGUGCGGUUAACGGGAGCGGAGUCCAUCCUCGCGAAAAAUGGCGAGGACUGGAAGCAACUUCGCAGGCGCUACAACCCGGGGUUUGCGCCGCAGCACCUCAUGAGCCUCCUCCCGUGCAUCCUGGACAAGACGGACAUGUUCGUGGAACACCUCGACCGCUACGCCGGCUCGGGCGAGGAGUUUCAGCUUAGCAAGCUCGCCAUCAACCUGACGUUCGAAAUCAUCGGGGCCGUCACCAUGGACGUGGACUUCCACGCGCAGCACCCCGAGUCGUCCGGCCAGGGCGAGUUCAUCAAGCUGUUCGACCAACUGCUACACAUGUACGGUCCCGUCGACAACCGGUUCCCGUGGUGGAUGUACCCGAGGCGGGAGUGGCGGCGGUGGCGCUUGAGCGAGCAGAUCGACCGACUCCUCGAGGACAUGAUCCGACAUAAGCACGCCGAGCACCAGCAGCAGGCCGGGAAGGCGGGGCGGGCGCGCGACGUGCUCAGCCUCAGCCUGCAGGACAGCAAGGAGCUCACAAAGAGCUUGCUGUCCGAGACGCGUGACCAGCUCAAGACAUUCCUGUUCGCCGGCCACGACACGACGGGGAUCCUGCUGUCCUGGGUCUUCUACGAGCUGUCCCGGACCCCGGCUGCGCUCAAGGCGGUCCGGGACGAGCUGGACGACCUCUUCGGCCCGGAUCCGAGCCCGGCUGCUGUACGACGUAAGCUGCUGGCGCCCGGCGGCGAGGAGCUGAUCCACCGCAUGGCGUACACGACGGCCGUCAUCAAGGAGGUGCUCCGGCUGCACCCGCCGGGGGCCACGGCGCGCAUGUCGCCGCCGGGCACCGGCUUCAGGGUGCGCACGUCGGACGGGCAGAGCUUCUGCCUGGACGGCGCCAUCCUGUACAACUGCGCCACCAUCAUUCAGCGCGACCGGACCGUGUUCGGCGACACGGCCAACGACUUCAUGCCGGAGCGCUGGCUGGGCGACAAGGUGGGCAUCAUGAGCGCGGGCGCGGGCGGCGGCGCGGACGAGGACGCGGGGAGGAAAUUGCCGGCCGGCGCGUGGCGAGCGUUCGAGCGGGGCCCGCGCAACUGCAUCGGGCAGGACCUGGCCACCAUCGAGGCGCGGGUUAUCGUGGCGGUCGUGGCGAGGCGGUUCGACUUUGUCAAGGUCGGGCUCGGCGAGCUCGACCUCGACGCCGAGGGCCGGCCGGUGCUCGACGAAAAGGGCCAGUUCAAGACCAAGUCGGAGUUGUACAGUGUAAGUUCCGUCAUGGCUGGAAGUGGCCGAGCCUCAAUUCCUCCUCCUCCGCCUCCUCCCUCUCCUCCUCCCCUCCGAGUAACAGCCCAGUCAAUGCUCACUGUCAUCGAUAGACGCAGCAGGUGACAGCCAAGCCAGUCGAUUCCAUGAGAAUGAAGGUGAGGCGGCGGUCGUGAUUGGCUGGGCGAGGGCGAGGGCGAGGGCGAGGGCGCAGUCGCGGCGAGGGAACCUUUUCUUGUCUCGGGUCUGG